GCUCACCAAACACCCAGAAAGCCAGCUUUGCAGAGACGCCAUAGCAACGUCUCAGAAACGCAGUCACCUUUAGUAGGCCGGGAACGCCAUAGACGAGCGUCGGCCCGCAAUUGGCAGAAGCAGAAGCAACAGAGCGCCGACCUCGAAUCAGCCAAAGAUACCGCCGAGGCGCGCAAUCGAGAACUUCACCGAGAGCACUCGCAAAUCCUGGAUCAGGUCAUGAACCUCAAGAACGCUCUAAUGGACCACGCCGAGUGCAAUCACCCCGCUAUCAACGGAUGGCUCCGC